AUGAGUGCAACAUCUGAAUUCAUGGGCGAGGUUGCCGGAGCAAAACAAAGCAACAAGUGUGCCGCCUCGAUGCACUGCAUUAAACAUGUCAUGGAUAACAACCACAUGACCAAGUGGAUUGCUAAUUCUAGCACAAACGAGGAGAUUACGUUCGACGUCCAAGAGCCUAGAUACAUAGACGCUAUUUUCAUUAAAUUCUCAGAAGGUAGAGCAGCUGGAACUGUUUGCGACGUGAACAGUGGCUCCGGUACAGUGUGCGGCGGCGAUGCGAUACAAGGAGCUUGCUACGCCAACGAGGCCGCUACGCUACCUGGUUCUAAGAUGUGCAGGUGUUACCACGGAUGGAUUGAUGGGGACGGUGGACAGUGUACCGUACCAGAUCCUGGAGCAACGACGACGACGACGAUGACGACGAUGGAACCACUCAAGACAACGGUAGCCGUGACCACAGGAGCCGUGACCACAGGAGCCGUGACCACAGGAGCCGUGACCACGGGAGCCGUGACCACAGGAGCCGUGACCACAGGAGCCGUGACCACAGCAGCGAUGACUACAGCCGAUCAGGCCGAUACAGGCCUGACACUACCUACUACAAUCAUGCCACCGUUAACCUGUCUAAUGGAAAGAUCUUCGAUGAGUUAUACCCGCAUACAAAAUCCCAGUGUUAUCACCUACGCAGUGGAAGUGGUAAAGAAAUUGGUAUUGCCCAAUCUCCCAAAUAAAAUCCAUAAAUGUGCAUCUCAUUGUUCUGCAGAUCCCGAUUGCGUCAUAAUUGGUUUUGACAACCCGAUUAGCACAUGCUAUAUCUGUCACGUGGCUGUGAACGUUACAAACACUUUUUUAGCGGAUCAGGAGUAUUUGUGUGCGAUAAAUUAACGGCUGUUAGCCAUGGGAUAUUCAAAGGCGCAAAAUAGAUCAUUAAUUUUAUAGCAAGUCUAAAUGGCCUUUGCAUUGUCUUCUAUUGUGGCAGUUAUAUUGACUAUAGACACCCUGACUACUAAAGUGUGUAAAAUCAUUGAUGAGAAAGUGGUUCAACGAACAGCUAGAUUAUCUUGAUUUAAUUUCUACGUGUGCUAAUUUCAGAGUGUCAUUAGUGUUAAUUUCUAACAUGCAUCAUUUAAUACUCUUAAACAAAAACUCAAUUUGCUGGCUAAACCUAGUAACUAGCUAUAUCUAGUAAUCAAAACUGAUAUUUUCUGGCAUAAUCUAAUUUAUUUGAAUCUAAUCUAAUCCAAUCGAAUAUCAUAUCCAAUCCAAUAUCCAAUCCAAUCCAAUCCAACACAAUCCAAUCUGAUUUAUUCGAAUAUAAUUAUCACAUGAUGUGUACACAUUAUUGGAACUGCUCUACAUUUGCAGGUAGAGCAGGUAUCUCCUGUGUAGUACAGAAGUUACAACUCAUGUAAUUAAAUUCCAGUUUAAUUGUCGUAGUAAACUAUAAGAAAUUUCGUGCACUCUCAAACACUUUAAAAUCAAUGCCAGGAGUAAUCAACUCACAGUUUAAGAUAUAUAUAUACGCUUAAAAUAUAAUAGGCUUAAGCUUUUCCGUGUGAAUGUGCGUGCGGGAGUGCUUGCGCGUGCGUGCUUGUGCGUGUGUGUGUGUGUGUGUGUUUGCGUGCUUGCGUGUACAUGGUUAUGUACGAACGUGCGUACUUGAUUGCGGUUCUGCGUGUAAUAACUAAAACGCCGAGGGUGUGCUAACGUGCAAGAGCAUUCACGCCAUAAAUUAUUUCCAAGAAUGCAAAAUAAUAUUUUGAAUGAAUCAAUGUAUAUCGUGACGCAAUGCCGACGUCGGCCAGACAAAGGGACGGUCUUAAUUAUACAUCUGCGUUAUAGAUUUCAAAACGUCGCACUUGUACGUGGUUACCAUUGUAUGUCCUAAUCCACUGUAAUCUGGUUUAGAAAAUCAAUAAAAAUUGGAUUCCUCAGCA